AUGAGCAAGCUGCCGGUGUCGAACACAGGCUACAGCUACCCACAGUUUGUGGAGCGCUUCAAGGACCAAUCUGCACAGCCCGUGGUGAACGAAGUUCGGGACUUCGUGAACCGCUUCCCGGCAAACCUCACACGCUUGCAAGCUGCACGCCGGAUCCAUGCUUUCCUGGCAGAGGUGACGCCGAAGCUGCAGGCGGCGAAAGCCUUCCGGGAUGGUGGGGAGAAAGUCGCCUCGGAGCUUGCGAACGAAGGCUUGGAGAAGUUUGUGGUUCUGAAGCUGUACAAGUUGCUCUUCCGCCACGAUCCCGCCGACAUCCGGGAGGACGAGAGAGUGGAACAGGCACUUCGAAGCGCUGCCAAGGGGGCGAGUGCGAUCCAAGCAGCCGUCACCAAGUUCGACGCCAAGCAGCUCGAGGUGUUCGAUGCUGCAGUGCUGGAGCUGCAGAUGGUGGAGCAGCACAGGGCGCCACGAGAUAAGCUGAGCUGCUUCGUGAACGCCAUCCGGCUCGUCGAGAGCAUCGUGGUGGAGCGCGUCUUCCGGCAAAGAGGAGACGGCCAGCAGACGAACUGGGAGCAGCUUUUGGCUGCACUCAUUUUGAAGGCUUCGCCCCCAAAUCUCUAUUCCAAUCUGGAGUUUACUGCAGCUUUCAGACAUCCAUCGCUCAUGGGCCCCGAUGAGCGGAAAGCCCUUGCCGACCUCGCCAGCGCUUUCCUCGCAGUCAUCGGCGGCAGCUCCCGGCGUCUUGCUUCCGCUGAGCUCGCCGAGAACUCUGUUGGCCAGUCUGGCUCUAUGCCCUUGUGGCUGAUGGAUGCUGGUGUCACUUUCAACUUUUCAGACCGCUCCCCUGAUGACCUCUCCCUGGGAGAGGUGGACGAACUCUUGGACGAGUACCAGAGGAUGAUUCGUGCCAUACGAGACCUCAUCUCCCCUUAG